AUGCGGAUCGCGAUAUUUACUCUCUUUGGAGUCGCACUGGCUGAUACUUCAUCCUAUGUUCUGCUGAAGCAUACCAAUGGUAACACGGAGUCUGAUUACCCAGCAAGAUGCUACCCCGAUCCCUGCAAAGGAAUUACCUUCCAAAACAAGACUGCUGUGUGUGGUGAUCCACGCCUUGGCCCAAUCAAACUCCCUCAAUACUUCCCCCUUUCAACGGAAGUCGCAACAUAUCACCGCUUUGGCGACCUUUGCCCCUACGAGUUUCUCGCAAAGUACAGCUUGAACGUCUCAGAUCCGAACGCCUAUCUUAUCUACCCCGGCGCCAAUGGGUUCGCAAACACAACAAAUCAGACGGCCAUCUCUGGAAUUGCCACCUUGGAGGUAGGACGGAAAGUAGACCGAUUUGGUGAUCCAACCGGUACCUUCUUGGCUCCUCUUGGUGCACCUUACAUCGAGCGCGGCCUACCACCUAAGAACUUGUUCGCUCCGGAGAAUAGUAGUUUCCCCUACAACUACCAUGUGUAUCAAGUAAUGGAACCGAUUACUGUUGCCUUGGGACCUGUUGCGGGCUGGUUUGAGCAGCCGGGCCUCGGUACGCAGUUUGUCUUGCAAGGGAACCAGACCGUGGCGAGUUUGGUUGAUUCUCACAAGCUGAAGGUCUUGGAGAAGAGGGAGUACGAUGAGGCCGCAGAUUUUGCUGCAGAUUACUUGCCUUCUCCUCAAUAG